AUGACUAUAUCACAUUCAGACAUACAAUUUAAACUAGAGUUUCCAGUUGGUAGAAAGUAUGUGGCUGGCAUAUUCAACCUGAGAAAGGGUGAGGAUACGAGUACUGCUGUCGAUCAGUUCAUGUCAGAGUUUGACAUUCCUCCCUAUCUAUCUGUAUCUAUUCUCAAUAUGGUAGAGUCAAUGCUUGAACAAGAAUAUAUCCUAUAUAAUGAUCAACAAGAUAUCCUUCAAUUGAAAACAUUAAAGUUACAAGAUACAACUGAAUCAUUCUCUUUGGAUUCAUCAACUUUAUCAUCAUCAUCGUCGUCAUCAUCAAACUAUACUCUUAUUAAUAGUAAGAUAAAUGAAUUAGCACAUCAGUAUAGUGAAAAGACAAACUAUUGGAAUAGUUUGGUAAAGAAUGAAAUCACCGAGGAGCAAAAGUUACAAGAUGAAAAGAUAAAGAUCUUCUUGUACCUAGUACAAAAGUCAACCGAGACAAAGGAAAAGAUCAUCAAUCAAGAGGAAUUGUUUGCAACCUCUUUUAAUAUAUUACUCAGUCGCCGGAAAGAAGAAUUAGAGGCAAUCAACGAAGAACACUCCAAGGAGAUGCAAGAAGUUGCCAACAAGGGAAUCAUCGGUGAGGAAAUUGAAAGAAUGGUGUCAGAGAAUGUAAAGAGAUUGGACCAAGUAGAAGCCAAAUACGACAUUGAAAUUAAAACUCUAAAGAAGAAACAAAAGGAAGACUUUACAACCUUUUUAAAUGAUCUUUAUUGGUUAGAGACGACAAAGGAUGAGUUGAAAGAGGUUGAUGAUGAAUUUAACAAUAUAACUAAAAGUCAAACCACACCGCCUCUUACUUCACCAUUAACUCAAUCUCAACAACAACAAGUUGUCCAGCAACAACAAGAUAAAGGUGUAUUAACAGGUACAAUUGAUAAAGUUCAACAAAGAGCAUCAUCAUUUUUUAAUUUUGGUUUUGGUAAAAAGAAUCAACAACCUGCUGCUCCAGCUACAACAUCUUCAAAUAAUCUAAUUGGACAAACAGGUCCAUCUUUGAAUAAUACUUCUUCCCCAUCAUCACAACAACAACAACAACAACAACAACAACCAAAUUCUAACAAUAAUACAGAUUCCUCCUCUUUGAACCAGACAUCUUCUUCAUCUUCAUCUUCAUCUUCACAACCAUUACCAAUAAGUAAUGAACCAAAAAGAAAAGAUUCUUUUGGAACACCAGGUAAAAGUCCAUCAAAGCAAACACUUGGUAAAUCAUUCUUGCCCAUUCCAAAUAUAUUAUCAGGUGGUGGGGGAUCAGAUGAUAACAAAAAACAAAAAGAACAACAACAAAAGGAACAACAACAACAAAAAGAUCAACAACAAGAAAAGAUGUUUUAUAGAGUAUUGGAAUGUUGUCUCAUAGCAGUUGGAGUACAAAAGAAAAAAUUAUUUGAAUUUAAAUUAAUCGAUGCUUCACCACUUCAACUUUGUCGUCCAGUUUCAACUGGAGAAUAUCUAAAAUCAAAAAGAAUGGAAUAUAUAUCUACCCUUUAUUCAGAUUCAUUGUCUGCUGUCAUUUUAUUGGCUGAUCCAUCUUUGGGAUUUAAUUCACUAUGUGAAAAAAUGUUUGUACAAUAUUGUAAUAUGUCUACAGAAUUACAUUUUGAUUCAAUUGAUGAACAAAUUGAACAAUUUAAACAAUCGAUUGGACCAACUACACAAUUAAAGAAUGGUGAUUUCUUUAUAACAAAACAUUCAAACUUGUCAGAUGUACAAGUAGUAUUCCAUUUAUUUGCUGAUAAAAAGAAUCGAACACCAUGGGGAGAAUCACAAUUAUUGACAUCAUCUGAUUUGGCCAAAGGUCUUAGAAAUAUUUUAUUGACAGCUUCAAAAUAUGGUAUUGGAACAUUGACCAUUCCCAUUGCAUUGACAGAGACAACCGACGUUGAAAUGAAUAUAACCAACAAUACACUUGCCAACAGAACAUCAUCUAUACUAAGUGUGACCAGAGCAAGUUUGACCAGUUUACACGAGAUGACAUCAAUCAAGACCAUACAGUUUUCAAUCCCAUCAAGUUUGGAUGGAGGUAACACCCAAGGACAAGGUCCGGUCUCUUCAAAAUGGAGAUCGGCAAUUAACCCUUUUAUUUAUGAAACUGUUGUUGAUAAAUAA